AGUGAAUGGGAAAAACGGGAACGCAUUGAGGCACAAAGAAAAAAGCAAAGGGAACUCAUUGUUCAGCUCAAAAACCAGCUGGAUGAUUUAGAGAACUUUGCUUACCAAGAAGGCAAUUAUGAUUCUCUGCCCCAGUCCAUGGUCAUGGAGAAACAACGGGUAAUCAUUGAUGAGUUGAUUAAGAAGCUGGAUGUAAAUUUGAAUGAGGACAUUAGUUGCCUGUCUCCAGAAGAGUUGCGGCAGAGGGUAGAUGCUGCCAUUGCUCAAAUUGUCAACCCAGCUAGAGUGAAGGAGCAGUUGGUGGAACAGUUGAAGACUCAGAUCAGAGACCUGGAGAUGUUCAUACAAUUUAUUCAAGAUGAAAUUGGCAGCCCACCUGAUACUGCUACCAGUGGAGCAACAAGUUACCCUCAAAAUUCCAGCUCAAAUGCUCGAAGCAAUGUGAGUCCAGAGCAGGCAAAGCAAAUGAGAGAAACGGGACUACAUCUGUUACGUCGUGCCCUGGCUGUCCUACAGAUCUUUGCAGUCAGCCAGCUUGGUUGUGGUACAGGACAUGUGCCACAAAACCUCUGGAAGCAGGAUGAACACAACAGGGACUUCACUCCAUUGUUAAAGAAGCUGGAGGCUUCUGUAGAAAAAGUGAAGCAGUUGGCAGUGCGACAGCAGCCUCAGGAGCAUGUUAUCAGCUAUGCCAACAUGCAGGAAAUUGCACUGGGAGGCAAAGAUGAGCUAACAGUAGUCGUGAGGAAAGAGCUGGCACUUGCAAUCAGAGAUCUACUGUCACAUGGUCUUUAUGCUACAUCUCAAGGAAUGAGUUUGGUUCUUGCACCCAUUGCCUGUCUCAUACCUGUCUUCUCUACCUCUCCACCCACUAUGCACCCCUGGGAACUUUUUGUCAAAUACUACAAUGAGAAAAAUGGAAAAGCAUUUGUUGACUCUCCUGCCCGUAAGCUCUCACAGUCCUUUUCCCUCCCCGUUUCAGGGAGUACUAAGGUUACCCCCAAACAGAGCCUCCUCUCUGCCAUUCACACAGUUUUAACAGAACACGAUCCUUUCAAGCGGGGUGCAGACUCUGAAUUUAAGGCUCUUCUCUGCAUGGCAUUGAAUGAACAACGUCUUGUCUCUUGGCUGAACUUGCUCUGCAAAUCUGGGGUGUUGAUACAGUCUCACUACCAGCCUUGGAGUUACAUGGCAAGCACUGGUUUUGAAAGCGCUUUAAACAUCCUCAGCCGACUCAGCAACCUGAAGUUCAACCUACCAGUGGAUCUUGCUGUGCGACAAUUGAAAAACAUCAAGGAUGCUUUUUGA